AUGCCGCUUGACAUGGCGUUGGUGAGCAUUCACGUUUCCUGUCUGCAAGUGGUUCGACAAGGCGCCAAUUAUCCAAAUUCAGAAGCUGAGUUCUUCCCACAGGCACCUUCAACACGUGUCAAAUGUAUCACACUGGCGCAUUCACGAGAAGUGAGUGGUGGAGUGUGCUCGCACUUCGUCGACCGCCGUCAGCCACCAACCCCCACCACCACCUCACUCUUCAACUUUCACCAUCUUCCUUCGCUUGACAAACACGAAGCCCAUUGUACUCCCCGUGCUCCGUUGGAAGGCCUGCGUCAACAACUAGAUUGUGACUUGCUAAAAAUGGACAAAGAGGCAUUCAUGAAUUGA